CACGGGCCAGUUCUAUUUAAAGCCACGUUGAGUUCUCUGUUUCUCUCUGUGUCUGUCUCAUCAGGUUUUCAGAUGGAUUUGAGGGUCCAUUAUUCUUCAUUGUUGGUGUUGUGUGUAUUGUUGUUCCAAAUACUUGUGCUUGUGCAGCAAGCAAAAGCAACAAAGUUCCAGAAUGUGAGUGGGAUAAGAAGACUAAGAGGGAGAAAAUCAGUGGUAGGUGGUAGCGGUGGGUGCAACUUGUUCAUAGGAAGUUGGGUGAUAGACCCAUCAUUCCCACUCUAUGACUCAUCAAGCUGCCCCUUCAUUGAUCCUGAGUUUGAUUGCCAGAAAUAUGGUAGACCUGAUAAGCAGUACCUCAAAUAUGCUUGGAAGCCUGAUUCUUGUUCCUUACCAAGGUUCGAUGGGUUAGAUUUUUUGAAUAGAUGGAGGGGUAAGAAGAUAAUGUUUGUGGGAGAUUCACUGAGCUUGAACAUGUGGGAAUCACUCUCCUGUAUGAUUCACGCGUCGGUGCCCAAUACCCAGACCACCUUUUUGAGGAAAGAAGCACUCUCCACUGUCAUCUUCCAGGACUACGGAGUAACCAUACAGCUAUACCGCACCCCAUAUUUGGUAGACAUUGUUAAAGAAAACGUUGGGCGGGUUCUCACAUUAGACUCCAUUGUUGCUGGGAAUGCAUGGCAAGGAAUGGACAUGUUGGUUUUCAAUUCCUGGCAUUGGUGGACCCACACUGGAAAAUCUCAAGGAUGGGACUAUAUCAGAGAUGGUCCCAAUCUAGUUAAGGACAUGGACCGUUUGGAGGCAUACACUAAGGGUAUGACCACUUGGGCUAGAUGGGUUGAUCAAAAUGUUGAUCCUACAAAAACUAAAGUCUUCUUUCAAGGCAUUUCUCCCACUCACUAUCAAGGCAAGGAAUGGAAUGAACCAAAGAAAAGCUGUAGUGGUGAACUUGAACCAUUGUCAGGGUCAACAUAUCCAGCAGGACUACCUCCUGCAACCAACAUAGUGACCAAAAUACUCAAGAACAUGAAUUCUCCGGUUUAUCUACUUGACAUCACACUCCUCUCUCAGCUCAGAAAAGAUGCACACCCUUCUGCUUAUAGUGGAGAUCAUGCAGGCAAUGAUUGCAGCCAUUGGUGCCUCCCAGGGUUGCCUGAUACAUGGAACCAGCUCCUAUAUGCAGCACUCAGCAUGUGAACAAAACAGAUCCUUACACCAGAAUUUUCUUCUUGUUUGGCUCGUAGAUACUGCCAAGGGCUGAAAUCAUAUAAACUGUAACAUUAUACGAUUCAUGAAGGACAAGAAAAUAAUCUACAGAUUUCAAGAACAGAAUAGCUUUCUUAGAGUUAUCAAAAUUGUUUGCAUAUCAAGAAAUGUACUUACCAGGCUAUGUAAGAACUAUGAACUAAUUCACUGAAUGAUAUUGAACUUUAGCAUUGAAGUUAAA